AUGGUAGUUGCCAGCAUGGUGAUUCCAAAAUAUACGGAUCCUAAGACAAUAUACACACCAAAAAAAAUACAGACUGAUAUGUUGUCGGAUCAUGGUGUGAACUUAACAUACAUGCAAGCUUGGAGAGUAAAGGAAAAGGCUUUGGAAUUUUUGAGAGGUCACCCUGCUGAUUCCUACAGUCGCUUGCCAAGUUAUUUGUAUAUUCUGGAGAAGACUUAUCCGGGGACGGUAGUUAAUUUAAAGAAGACUGAAGAUGUUUUUUUCUUGUACGCAUUUGUUGUGCUUAGUACAUCCAUCAAGGGUUGGGAGUAUUGUAGGCCAGUUGUGGUAGUUGAUGGAACCUUCUUGAAGUCGGCAUACAAAGGAAUAAUGUUAACAGCCAGCACAAUGGAUGCAGCAGGUAGCAUAUUACCACUGACAUACGCUAUUGUUGAUUCAGAAAAUGACGCAGCAUGGAAUUGGUUUUUUGAGCAAUACAAAGAUGUGUAUGGUGAAAAACCUAAUAUGUGUAUUAUUUCGGACCGAAAUGAGAGUAUCUUGAAGGCAACAUCUACUGUUUAUACUGGAAGGCCACAUUAUGCUUGCAUGUGGCUCAUUUGGAUAAAUGUAAGGUCAAAGUUCAGGAAGGGUUAUCUAAAGAUAAGCAAAUUGUACUUUGCAACAACACGAUCAUACACAAUUGAUGAAUUUAAUGAAAGAAUGUCAAAGAAUGAAGAGAUCGACGUGUGCGUUAAAGCAUACUUAUACGAUAUUGGCUAUCACAGAUGGUCUCGGGUGAGGGCUUCAACAGACCACAUCCAUACAGUGCUAUACGGUGCGGAGCGCUUUAUUGUUUACCUUCAAAACAAAAGAUGUAGUUGUGGACAGUUCCAUCUUGACGAACUUCCUUGUCCACAUGCUUUGGCGGCCUUGAGGCACAGGGAUGAGUCUUAUGAAAACUAUUAUUAUCCUUAUUACAUGAGGGAAAGUCUUUUGAAGACUUAUGAAACACCAGUAGAUCCGCUUCCUGACGAAAGCAAAUGGAAUGUACCACAACAUGUAGCCGAAGAAGUUGUAAAGCCACCAACUGGGAAAAGACAGCCAUGGAGACCUUAG